AUGAUGGCCGACACAGGUGUUGCGAUGCCCGCAGCACAGAUUGCACGAGCCUGGCUGCAGAUGGCACGAUCCAAAGGCCAUAGCGGCAUCCCUUCCAAAAGCAGCUUCUCACCUCUCGUGAAAGGCAAGCGUCGCAUGGGGAGCUCCUCUGACCUCUGUGGGAGCAUCACAGAGGGGCCCACCGAAGACGCUUUCCAUGUGCAGCUUGAGAGAGAGUCCAAAACAGAAGACUGGGGCUUUGUUUGGAAUCAAACGGCCUUGUCGACCAGGCGAAGAUUUCUCCUGGAAUCUGUGAGUGAAGGAAGCCCAGCAGCGAGCUGGAACGGCCGCGAGUGCGAACUGGGUCGGUCGACAUUGGAGCCUGGCAGCACUCUCGUGGAAGCGAACUACCUUGCCGGCUAUGGGGUUAUUCGCCACGAGCUGAGGGAAUCGAUGCAGCUGCGGCUGACGUUCCUGCGGCCAGCUCCCGACCCGACACCCACAGAGAAAAGGCUUGUCGGCCUACCCCCGGAGUGCCGAGUGAAGAACUCCUUCUUGGAGGUAUCGCCCGUCGAUGCUGACAGCCAGGAAGAAGCGCGGCAUUUCUCGGAUCCCGGUCCUUGUGCUCAGAAAGGCUGCUCAUCUUCAGCGGAAGGUGCAGGUGUCAGUGCCACUGAGUCGCAGAUCUGCGGAUAUCACACCGAGUCGGAGGCGGUUUCGGAUUUGAUCGGGACUGCAGCUCUGAUCUCUGGGCUUGUGAGGUCGGCGGAGUUCAACGGCAAGUGGUGUCGAAUCGAUGCCUUUGACCCUGAGGUUCGUCGCUACAUUGUGCGCGUUUUUCUGGAAGAAGGACAGCCGCCUGUGAUCGCAAAGCUGCGCCUGGAAAACCUGUCUUUUGGGCCCACAUUUGCCCUGGCCUCAUCGGCGACACCCGCAUUUCAUCCUUUCGCCCCGCCGAGUGCUGCUGUUGCUGAGGAUCUCUCGGCCUGGCCCUGGGGCCAGGCUAACUGGCCCUGGGGCAUCCAUGCAGGCAUGACGGGCACCAUGGAAGGUUGCAUGCCUAUCGGCAUGGAGGCAGAUGCUUGGCAGGUGCCUGCCGAGUGGGCCUCCUAUCCAUUUGGCCCCCCGGGCCUACCCCCGACAGAGGCCGCCGUGAUGCAGAGUAUGCCGCCGCCUCCAGCGACGCCACUCUGCAUCCUGCCCACGACCGGCCAGCACUUCGCGCCGUCUGAUGCUGCUGCUGCUGCUCCUAACACUGCAGGCAUGGCAGAAAAUGCAGGAGAAAGUCACGAACGCCCUCCUCAGAUACACACUCAUCAGGUCCUUGAGCAGCAGCUGAUCCAGCAGCACCUUCAAGUGCUACAGCAGAGUGCAGCUCCCGAUGUGCAGGAAGCAGUGCAGCCAUCGGUGAGCUCCUCGCAACAGCUCCUUAGUGCCAGCAGCCUGCAACAAGAGGCUGAAGAGCCGCAGGCCCCACACGAGGAGGAUGUGGCAGAAGGCAAGAAAAAGCGGCGGCGCAGGCGACGUGGGAAGCGUAAAGGUCGUGGCAGCAAGGAUGCGCAGGACGCUGAGGACGACGAUGAAGAAAGUGAUGUGGCAGAAGAGCCGAGCCCCGGAAACGAAGCGGAUGUGCUGACCUCUCAAAGCAGACACGCAAGCACCCCGCAACCGACGGAGGCCGAGGUCCAAGUCCAGCAGCAUGCCGCGGCUGAAACCUUGCAGGCAGCGGCACCUGGGAGUCCGCGGCUGGAUGCACUCCAGACGCUGAGCACCAGGAAGCCAGAGGAGCUCUUGCAAGAGGAGAGUUGGAAACCGCGUCUCGAUGGAACAGCCUGCCCCGGAGAGGUUCAGCCGUCGCCUACGCCUCCCGCAGUUCUGCUGACCGGAGAGCUGCGUGAGGAAGGCCACACCUCAAGUCGCGAUGCCAGCUCCCAAAUGCAGGAGAUGCCUGAAGUUGCGGUGACUCCAGGUGCAAACGACGCACUCCAGCCAGCAUCGUGGGCAAAGACCAGAGGAACGCCAGGGCCGGCUGCCACAGGUGCUUGGCGACCUUCGUUGGCCAGGAGCACGGAGAGCCCGGAGCCUCUCGAAAGUCGACCCCUGGUGCAGGAGACGGGUCGAAGCGCCAGAGCAGACCCCGUGGCAGCGCCGGAGUUUCACGAGUCGUCGGACAUGGCGACGUGGCAGCCAACCCUGCAGCGGAGAAUUGUUCAGCAGUGA